AUGCUUGCUUCUGGCUAUCGUUCGCCCGUCCUCCAGAAAUAUGGAUACACUCACCUUUCUGCAGGCGACCUCCUUCGAGAUGAACGAAAAAGACCAGGCUCUCAAUAUGGAGAACUAAUUGAAAAAUAUAUUAAAGAGGGAGAAAUUGUACCAGUUGAGAUUACUAUCAGCUUGUUGAAAAGGGCUAUGGAUCAAAUAAUGGCUGCCGAUGUCCAAAAGUACAAAUUCUUGAUUGAUGGAUUCCCUAGAAAUGAAGACAAUCUUCAAGGCUGGAAUAAGAAUAUGGAUGGAAAGGCAGACGUGUCUUUUGUUCUGUUUUUCGACUGUGACAAUGAGACAUGUAUUGGUCGCUGCCUUGAAAGAGGAAAAAGCAGCGGUAGGAGUGAUGACAACCGAGAGAGUCUAGAAAAGAGACUUCACACGUACCUGCAAUCAACUAAGCCUAUAAUAGACCAAUAUGAGAAAAUGGGAAAAGUCAGAAAAGUCGAUGCCUCUCAAUCUGUUGAUGAAGUUUUUGGUAAAGUUGUGAAGAUUUUUGACAAAGAAGGCUAGUUUCAUACUUGAAAGCUCCCUCGAAAUUGUGCUUGAAUCUUGCUUUAAUAGCUGCUACUAAAUUCAACAUUUUUGUAAUUGUUUUAAAGAUUUUUUUAAAUGUUUCUUCUAUUCACAGAGUUGGAAAAAUAAUUAAUUGAAGAUUGUUGUUUUUAAAUAGGAAUGCAUAGAUUUAUUGUGGCUAUAGUAGACAAUAAAUUUCAGGAGUCUUUAAUUUAGUAUAGUUACUUACAAAAUAAAGAUAAUAGUCAAAAUCAAUCUGCAGAGACUAUCAGUCCUUUUAUAGUUUUGUGCCAUUCAUGGCCAGGCCUUCUUGUCGCUUAUUGCCAUAAAUCUGUUUUGAAGAGUCCAGUAAAUAGCAAUGAUAAGUGGCAAGGCCUACAUGUUU